AUGUCUUUGUGGGAGAGACUCGAGAAAUUGGGGGAAGGCAGCUAUGGAGUUGUCUAUCUAGCUCGUCCAUUGGAAGGACAUUGUCUCUAUCCGUCUAUUCCAUUAAUGGCAGUUAAAUCUGCAGAGAAUAAAGAUUCAUCUCUCCUACACGAAAGGGAUAUUCUCUCAAAAUUUAAAGGAUGCCCUCAUAUAAUUAGUUUAUUGGGCUAUGAUUUCACCGUUGAAGGCACCAAAGUUUUUACUAAUAUCUUCUUGGAGUACGCCUCGGGCGGCACUUUGCACCACCGCAUUCAAUCAUCAAAGACCGCCGAAUGCAAUGGAAUCCCCGAAAUUGAAGCAAAGGAAUAUACACUUUCCAUUUUAAAGGGUCUGCGCUAUAUUCAUGAGAGUGGAUACGUCCACUGUGAUAUAAAACCCGAAAACAUAUUAAUGGUCGACGAGAAGGCCAAAAUAGGAGACUUAUGUUUUACUAUGCAGCCCCUCUAUCUUCCAGGGAUGAUUAUAGGGACACCACACUAUAUGCCUCCAGAAUCAUUAAAUGAUGGAGAAUAUGACACUUCUACCGAUAUUUGGGCAUUGGGAUGCUCAUUGUUUGAGAUGAUCACAUCAAUUCCGCAUUGGAAAUGCCAAAAUAUAAACCAAAAACUUAUUAAACCAAUAAAGUGGAGUAAAAUGUCGAAAGAUGCUUUCGAUUUUUGGAAGAUGUACACAAUUAAAGAUCCUAAGAAUAGGUGGAGCGUCAAUAUGCUUCUACAACAUCCGUUCAUCGUCGGUAGGAGUCACGAUCCUCCUCCCGCCCAAAAUAGCACAUAG